UGGUUAAAAGGAAAUUUGGUUUGAGCUGAGAGCUAAAUAAAUAUAUAUAUAAUUUUAUUAGUUUAUAUUUAUUUAUUUAUUAUAUAUUCAGAUUUCAAUUCAGGUUGUGAGCCAAAGGAAGGAAAAAAUUUUCUCGUCAACCAAACAUAGGUAGUUGAAUCAAAAUACCUUCUUGUGAAAGAGUAAAGUUAAUUUUAACUGUUAGUGUUCUUGUGGAUUAAUUGAUUGAAAGAUAAGAGCAAAUUGCAAAAAUGGAUCAAGUAUUGAGUACAGUUGCAAGGAGAUUGCAAAUGGUGUCCACUUCUGAUCACGCCUCUGUGGUUUCAAUGAACAUUUUCGUGGCUCUUCUUUGUGCUUGUAUUGUGCUUGGUCAUCUUCUUGAAGAGCACCGCUGGAUGAAUGAGUCCAUUACUGCCCUUCUCAUAGGUCUUGGUACUGGUGUUAUCAUUUUGCUGACUAGUGGUGGUACAAACUCGCAUCUGUUAGUCUUCAGUGAAGAUCUGUUCUUUAUAUAUCUUUUGCCUCCUAUCAUAUUUAAUGCAGGGUUUCAAGUGAAAAAGAAGCAAUUUUUUCACAAUUUCAUAACCAUUAUGUUAUUUGGUGCAGUUGGUACAUUGAUUAGCUGUACCAUCAUAUCACUAGGUGUUAUUCAGUUCUUUAAAAAAAUGGAUAUUGGUAUACUGGAUAUAGGGGACUAUUUAGCAAUUGGUGCUAUUUUUUCUGCAACGGACUCUGUUUGCACUUUGCAGGUGCUCAAUCAGGAUGAAACACCUUUACUCUACAGUUUGGUGUUCGGGGAGGGUGUUGUUAAUGAUGCUACAUCUGUAGUGCUUUUUAAUGCUAUCCAAAGCUUUGACCUCACUCAUAUCAACACAAGAACAGCCUUUCAAUUUAUUGGAAACUUCUUUUAUUUAUUUUUCACAAGCACUAUGCUCGGGGUGUUUGCUGGACUUCUUAGUGCUUACAUCAUCAAAAAGCUAUAUAUUGGCAGGCACUCAACAGAUCGUGAAGUUGCUCUCAUGAUACUCAUGGCUUACCUUUCAUAUAUGCUGGCAGAACUAUUUUAUUUGAGUGGCAUUCUUACAGUUUUUUUCUGUGGGAUCGUGAUGUCACAUUACACCUGGCACAAUGUGACUGAGGGUUCUAGAGUCACUACCAAGCACUGUUUUGCAACCUUGUCUUUUGUUGCUGAGAUUUUUAUCUUCCUCUAUGUUGGUAUGGAUGCCCUGGACAUUGAGAAGUGGAAAUCUGUUCGUGAUAGCCCUGGAACAUCAGUUGCAGUGAGCUCAGUGCUGAUCAGUCUGGUUAUGGCUGGACGAGCAGCUUUUGUUUUUCCCCUAUCAUUUUUAACAAAUUUAGCCAAGAAAAAUCCUGAUGAGAAGAUUUGCUUUAAGCAGCAAGUUGUGAUAUGGUGGUCUGGUCUCAUGAGAGGUGCUGUGUCUAUGGCACUUGCUUAUAAUCAGUUUACAAGGUCAGGUCACACUCAGUUGCGAGGGAAUGCUAUCAUGAUCACCAGCACUAUAACUGUUGUUCUUGUCAGCACAGUGGUUUUUGGUUUGUUGACUAAACCUCUUAUAAGAUUCCUGCUGCCUCAUCCAAAGAGUACCAGCUCCUUUUUAUCAGAUCCAUCUACACCAAAAUCAAUUGUAGUGCCACUUCUGGGAGGCCAACAGGACUCGUACACUGAAAUCAGUAGCAGCAGUUUCAUCCGUCCAGGCAGCAUACGAGCACUCCUGACAACCCCCACACACACCGUUCACUAUUACUGGCGCAAAUUUGAUAAUCACUUCAUGCGUCCCGUGUUUGGUGGCCGUGGUUUUGUUCCUUAUGUUCCUGGGUCACCAACAGAACAGAGUGUCCAUGAACAACAGCAACAACAAUGAAAGAAGAAAAGCGAUUCUGUCCACAAGCCGCCCAAACUUCCGAGAAAAAGUAUUCAUUAUUCAUAUUACUAGUAUUGGCAAUUCAAGAUUUGCCACCGGAAUAUUUACUCUAUAAACGGAAGCCAAAAACCAUGCACAACAGAACAAGGCUGGUCAACUAUGGUAUGGCCCCAAAGAUGGGGCUAAACAUUGUGGGUGUGCUGAAAACGCUGAAGGCUGAUUAGCAAAUGGUUGUAUGGAGGGAAUGGUGGAGGCAGCACCGCCAUAAGUGCCUCCACCAUAAGCAUAUGCAACAGCUUUUGAUGGGGUUGAAUGGUGACCUGCAAACAAGCUAGGUGGCUGGCUGAUGGUGGGAUGGUUGUUUAGAGUGAAUUGCCUGAGAUGUAUCGGCAGAAGCAUCUGCAGCAACCGUCCAUAGCCGCUCACUCCUAUUUUGCUGAGCCUUGGGCGCAACAACAUUUUUGUCCCUUUCUGUCGCUGGGACUCAGCAUUAGAGACGGUGGCCUCUGCAUCUUCUUUUCUCUGCCUCAAGUUGCUGGGCGUGCCUCGACUUCCAGGGAAGAAUGCUUUUUUCACUUUUCCACAAUCACAUAAAAACCCCUUAAAUAAUAUUCUAGUUUAAAAGAAUAUAAUACUUUUAAAUGCUAUAAAAUUACCCCUCUCUCCCAAAAUUAUUGAUGUCCCAUCGUAAUCAUUAUUUCCUAAAGGUUCCUUUCACCGUAAUUGUAUUAUCUGUUUCUCACUUGCUUACUUUAUUAUCCACUCAAUUAUUCUACUUAUUAGGUGUAA